UGAUGCUCAAUGAGUCAGUUGACUGGUUCUCAAUUACAAAAUCUGUUAAAUUUCGUUCAUUUGAUUAUUUUUAAGUCUCUGUAAACUUCUUCCAAGUCUUCGUCUUUCAUUAUAUAUUUUAUUAUUACAAGUAUUAUGUCUGUUCAGGAAGACAUGGCCAUCGAUAUCACUCGACAACUGAUUGAUUCAUUAUUUGGAUCAGAUUCAGACGAAAAGCCUAUUAAGAAGGCCAACAAAUUCAGUGAUGGCUUGUCUUUGAUCCGAGCGUUCAGUUCUUUACAGAAGGGGGAGAAUCUAAAGAGUCCGCUGAAGACAGUAAAUACCAAUUCAAUGGAUAAAAAGUGGCAAAUCUGGUAUUGGAAGCCAACCAAUGGACAGACCAGGAAUUGGGAGGACUUCCUGCAAAUGAAGACUUCGUUUUCGACUAAAGAAGAAUUCUGGAGAUGUUAUGAUAUGUUUUACACAAAUCAUAAGUCAAAUGAUCAGAAGAUUGUCGUCAACCGAGAGAAGAAAAUUCGUUUCAAAGAGAAUUCUCCGCAAUAA